CAACAAAGGAGAUUCAGAGAGUACCGAGAGAAGAUUGGUCGUCGUCUUCGUCGGAGAAAACCCUAAAUCUCCUUUUCUUCUCUUUUCUUGCGAUUAAAGGGAAUUUUUUAUAAGAUAAGGGAAAAAUAUUUGAAACGCUCAAACAGAAAAAUGUUGGAAAUUCACUCGGUCCGAACCAUCGUCGGAAUUGUCGGAAACGUAAUCUCUUUCGGUUUGUUCUGCUCGCCAAUACCAACGUUCAUGAAGAUAUGGAAGGCGAGAACGGUGGGGGAGUUCAAGCCGGAUCCGUACGUGGCGACGGUGUUGAACUGCAUGAUGUGGUCUUUCUACGGCAUGCCCUUCGUCCAUCCCGACAGCCUUCUCGUCAUCACCAUUAAUGCCACUGGCCUCCUUAUGGAGCUCGUCUACGUCGCCAUCUUCUUCUACUUCUCUCCUUGGCCCUCUCGCAAAAAGAUAACCAUGGCGCUUGUGAUCGAGGUGGUAUUCAUGGCGACAGUAAUACUAUGCACAAUGUAUUUAUUGCAUACAACGAAGGCGAGGUCGAUGCUGAUUGGGAUCAUGUGCAUCGUUUUCAACAUCAUCAUGUACGCGUCUCCUCUGACCGUCAUGAAAACUGUAAUAAGAACGAAGAGCGUAAAAUACAUGCCGUUUUUCUUGUCGAUCGCCAACUUCAUGAACGGCUGCGUCUGGGCUGUUUACGCCCUUCUCCAAUUCGACCCCUAUAUUUUGAUACCGAAUGGGCUGGGGACAAUAUCAGGAGCGAUACAGCUAAUAUUGUACGCGUUAUACUACAAGACGACGAGAUGGACCGACGAGGAAGAAGAAGAGCAUAAACGCAAGAUGGAUGCGGAGCUUCAACUCGCUAAUCGCACCACCCUCCCCGCUUAAUUUUCCUUUUUUUAUUACAUUCAUUCUUAAUCUCUCUCUCUCUCUCUCUACAUAUAUAUAUGUAUAUGUACUCUUACAAUAUUUCAUUAUUUAAUUUUAGUGAUGAUUUUGUUGAAUUGGAUUUGGACCCUUUUCUACAGCAGAGAUACACAAAUAUUUGCCAAACGUACACAAGGAAGGAAACUUUAAUCGUUGAUUUGUGAAGUUAAUUGAGCUAAUAUAAUAAUAAUUUCAUGAUUU